UUGGACAUUUUUCCAAUUCUCUCAACCCGACAUUUUUCCUCUUCUCCUUUCUCUUCUAGCUAACACAGAAUUACAAGGCAGAUGGAGAAUUCAAGGGGUCAUGCUGUUGUGCUCACGUAUCCUGCCCAAGGCCACAUUAACCCUCUUCUCCAAUUUGCCAAAUGCUUAGCCUCCAAAGGACUGAAAGCCACCUUUGCCACUACCCCCUACACAGCUAAAUUCAUCACUGCAAAAGGUGUACAAGUCAUGCCAAUCUCUGAUGGCUUUGACGAUGGAGGAUUCAGGGAUGCUCCCAAUGUUGCAGACUACCUUGAAUCAUUCAAAACAGUGGGUUCAAGGACUCUAACUGAGCUCAUCUUGAAGCUGAAUCAGUCUAGUGAUUCACCUGUCAAUUGCCUUGUCUAUGAUUCAUUGCUUCCUUGGGCCGUCGACGUGGCAAAAAAGUUAGACAUUUUUUCUGUUGUGUUGUUGACAAAUUCUGCCUCUGUUUGUUCUUUGUAUUGGCAAAUCCACAGAGGAUUCCUCCCCUUUCCUGUUGAGAAAGAUAAAGUUCCUCUAACCAUCCCUGGACUUCCUCCACUUGGGCUUGACGAGUUGCCUAGUUUUCUUGCUUUCCCUUCUCAUAAUUCUGCAUACUUGGAAUCAAUCAUGAGGGUAUUCGCAAGGCUGGAUGAAAAUGACUGGGUUUUUGCUAAUUCAUUUGAGGAUCUGGAAAAUGAGUUGGCUAAGGCCCUGACAGGACUUUGGCCAGUACAAAUGGUUGGACCAAUGGUACCAUCCGCAUAUGUAGAGGGGCCAAUAGCAGGAGACUCAGAUUAUGGAGGCAGUCUGUGGAAGCCAAGUGACCACUAUUUGAAAUGGUUAGACGAAAAGGCACCAAAAUCUGUGGUUUUUGUGUCAUUUGGGAGCAUGGCAGAUGUUGAAAUCAAGCAAAUUGCAGAAAUUGCCUGUGGCUUAAAAGGCAGCAACCAUCACUUUCUUUGGGUAAUCAAAGACUCUGAGCAAGAAAAGUUGCUUACUGAAUUUCUACAAUCAAAUGAUGAAAUGGGAUUUGGAAAAAUUGUGAAGUGGUGUAAUCAGCUGGAGGUUUUGGCUCACAAAUCCGUAGGGUGCUUCAUGACACAUUGUGGUUGGAACUCAACACUUGAAGCAGUAAGUCUUGGGGUGCCUAUGGUGGCAUUGCCACAAUGGAGUGAUCAGCCAACAAAUGCCAAAUUUAUUGAAAGUGUUUGGAGGGUAGGAUUGAGAGCUAGAAGGGAUGAGAAAAUGAUUGUUACAAGAGAAGAAAUUGAGAGGUGUGUAAGAGAGGUUUUGGUUGGAGAAAAAAGUGAUGAAAUUAGGAUUAAUGCCUCUAAGAUGAGAGAGCAAGCUAAAAGGGCAGUUUGUAAUGGUGGGAGCUCAGAUAUUGCUAUCAACAAUUUUGUUGAAGUGUUGAUGAAAGGGAAGGGAACUAAGCUUAAUUAAUCAGAUAUCAUAUAACAUCA